AUGAUAGGUUUCCUCGAGAUAUGUGUUUUUCUGUUUGUCGUCUUGCACAUCUUGAGGAUUUAUUUUGCCGAUUGCGAUGCAGUACUACAUUUCUACGAGAGAUUUGCAAAGCCACCGGAUAAAAGACUACGAGGUAAAGUGAUCUGGAUUACUGGUGCAUCGAGCGGAAUCGGCGAACAUUUAGCGUACAAGCUAACUGAAUUUGGCUGCAAACUGGUGCUAUCAGCGAGGAGAAAAGACGAAUUAGACAGAGUGAAAAAUCAGUGCAUGAGUAAGUUUUGCUCUAAGUUAUUUUAGUUUUUAAAACUUCUUUCUACACGAGGUGAGGGAAAGCAGUCGCGUGGGGGGACGGGAGCUUAAGAAUUUUUUUUACUCCCAUUAAUUUCUCAAAACAAUUUCAGAAAAUUUUCAAACCAAAAGAAGGCGACUCACUUACAUGUCAUUGAAUAAGUUUAUUGUGUUAUGCCUCGAUCUUCAAAAUCUACCGACACAUGUAAAUGAGGUGGACCAAAGUGGCAGGGUAUUCUGCAGUUGCUCCAAAAAUGAUUGAAGUUCAGUUAUAUAUUAUAACUAUAAAUAAUAGUCUUUGUUUUCUUGUUACAUAGGCUUGGCAGGAAAGCUUUUUCCAUUAACAUUUGAGGAAGACUUUCUUGUUGUCCCAUUGGAUAUUACAAAUUUCGCUUCUCACGAAGACUGCGUUACCAAAGCUCUUCAACAGUUUGGCAAGGUCAUGAUCUCUGCUUUGAUGUGUUCUGCUGUAGAUUUCAAUGAUAUUCAACCCAAGGCGUUCAUGUACUAUGUAUUCCUAAUUGCAGAUUGAUUUUCUAGUGAAUAGUGCAGGAAUUUUACAGAUGGGUUCAUCAGUGGAUAGUGAUCUUGAUGUAGAUAUUUCAGUCUUGAACACAAAUGUACUAGGGACAAUCUCUCUUACCAAAGCUGUUCUGCCUCACAUGAUUGGAGAAGGAAAUGGUCAAAUUGUUGUAAUAAGUAGUGCCUCUGGGAAAUGUGGUAAGUUUAAUAUCUCACUCUAGAGAGGGGCAAAGAGGAGAAGGGAGGUGGGUUGGAGUAAAAUAAACAUGCUGAAAAUUCUGCAUUACAACAUAAACGUAAUGAAGGAUUUAAUAUAUCAUUCUGAAGGGAGGGAAGGGAGAGAGGGGACUUUUCAUGAGAAAAGAGCAGCCACACAUGCUGAAAAUUUUGCAUUAAAGCAUUAAUGCAGGCUUUACCUUUUCUCAGCCCUUAUAUGAUACCACCUUGAGCACAGAUACACAUUUUGAGUCUAGCAUGGGUGGAGUUCAUGGAAAAUUUAUACAUAUUUUUCCUUAUGUGCCUAGAUCAUCAACAAGGGUGUUAACCCUUUAACUCCCAGAUCAAAUUUGUAAUUCUUCUUAUUGUCAACCAUACGAUUCUUAUAAUGAUAGUUCAGAGAAUUUAGUAUUGGAUCAAUGAAUUAUCAGCACUUAUCUGGUUGAUAUUGUGUUGAUAUUGUAAGGAGAAAUUAUGUCUUGGUCACUUAUGGGAGUUAAAGGGUUAAAUUUUAACAUAAAAGCUGAAAGAUUGCAUGUGUUUAUCCAGAAAAGUGAAUUCGCUGAGUAAGCAAAACAAAAUUUAAGGAUUUGCACUCCAAAGGGAAACAGAAAAUUUUGUAGUUCUACGAGAAUAUCUCUGCAAGCAAAAAUUUUUUUAUUGAAGAACAGAGAACACGUAGCACAUGUAACUUUGUUUGACACAUGGCUAAGAUCACUUUUUACUUUUGGGCUUUGAGGUCCCUUUUGACUCAGUUUGUGUUUUAUGUUGUUGACAGUUGUUUUAAGCUAUCCCAUUUUACUGGAAAAUAAUUCCCUGAACCUGUCAGUUGUUGAGUAGAGAAAUUAUGAAUAUCUAAUGAACUUCAUCUUCCCUGUAUGCACUACAUGUAUAAGUUGCAGGCCAAGUGUGUUAUAUUAUUUGCACAAGGUACUAUCAUGGUAACACAUUUUUCUUUUUAUAUUUGAUGAACACCUCAAGACAAGCAGGAUAUUAAUUAGCUGGUAUUCAUUUUGCAGCAGCAGGACCUAAUACAGCUGUGUAUGCAGCUUCCAAACAUGCUCUUCAGGUGAUUGACUAGAACUGACCUAUUGCACUGUUUCUGUUACUGAUUAUAUGAUAUAUAUUACCAAAUACACAAAAGCAUUACAGGCAGGUAUUGUGUCCACUUUUCAUGACUUCUUAAUGAAAUAUUUAAUAUGUUUUUGGACAUAUUCUGAUCAAGUUUGGCUGCUCAUAGACUUGGGCUGAUAUGAACAAGUUCUUAAUGAAACUCAAAGCACUCUGAGUUUCAAUCAUUCCUAUCUUCCAUUCAGUACAAAAAAUAAAUAAAUAAAUAAAAAAAAAGGUUGUAAGGUCAACCAUGUAAUAAGAAUUACACUUGGGACAGACUAACAAGUUUUUCCAGGACUUCUGGAAAGUGAACGAAGGUUAACCCUUUAACUCCUAGAAGUAAUUAACAUGAAACUUCUCCCUAUGUUUUCCAAACAUUAUUCAGGAAACAGGUAAAGAGAAUAUUUGAACUUAUCAGGUAGAAGCUACUAUCUUGAUCUAGCACCACAUUCUCAUAACUAAUUUACAAGGAAAUGUGUAGCAGCUAGAGGGGAGAAUUAACAAUCAGAUCUUGGAAGUUAAAUGGUACUAGACAAACAAUGGUGAGCUAACAUUAUAAGCAUGCCAUCAUUUAUCUUACUGGCCAUGUUUAAUCUUUACUCCCCACCCCCACCCCUCUCCUUAUUUUUGACCAUCAACCUCCCCCCUGGUACAAAUUUCUUUCUUUCCCCAGCCUCCCACUGCCAUUAAAAUCAAAGAUGAGGACCAUAACUUUUGUUAUGAAAUUACUUAGCACUUGCUUGCCAAAAUCACACCUGCUCUACAGGCUAAAUUUUUGUGAAUUAAUGAUUUGGGGCUGAUUGUUUUUACUUCAGGGGGCAAACUUGUAUAGGUUGUAGGGGUAAACUUCCUACAGGGAAAAAUCUCCAGUUACUUUUUUAAAGCUUAUAAAAUUAGAACAAAAUUACUGUCCAGUAUGUAAUAAAUGUACUUGUAUCAUUUACAGGGUUAUUUCAAUACUUUGCGCACAGAAGUCCAUGAAAAGAAUGUUGGUGUCACAAUGAUAUGCCCUGGCCUAGUAUAUUCAAACAUUUUAAAAAAUGCGUAUCGAGAGAAUAUUGAGGUAUGUUAAUUAAAUCCAGCUUUCAUACUAUUAUUUAUUAUAUAAAAUAAAAGCAUGGUUGAACCAAAUCAAGGGGAAACGUUGGUUUGCCCUCGCUAUGUUUUAUUAUGUAAUAAGCUCAGUUAUGCAUGUAUUCUGAUUGGUUCUCACAUAUGAUCUAUUGGAGGACAGAUGUAUAGAUGACAUCAUCAUUAAAACUUUUUUUAAUUCUUUAUUAUAUAAAACAAAUAGAUUACAAUUUGCCAUGCAUCUGUUCAGUAAUAGAUCACAGAGGACGUCAUAAUGUGGUAAGAACAUCAGUGACACACUCAGCUGGGCCUUGUGUGCCACUUUUUUGUUCUUACCACAUUUUGACGUCAUCUGUGAUCUAUUAUUGAACAGAUGCACAGCAACUUGGAAUCUAUUUGUUAAAUAUGCACAUUCAAAGUCUCCUUCAUAGCUGACUCAUUCCUUCCCCCCCCCCCUCCCUUGGUUAGGAUCAGGUGCCUCUCAACCAAUCAGAUGCAAAACUUAAAUCAAUCCCAACUUGGUAACUUGCACUUUCCCACACUUCAAGGAGAUUGAUUGUUUUACUCUGAGUUCUCAUUGGGUAAUGGUGAUUUUAACCCAUUAAGCCCCAAUAGUGACCAGCAUCUAAUUUCUCCCAACAAUAUCACUACCUAAUCAAAUGUAUAGAUCAUGAGAAUAAAUGAAAUGAUCACCAAAGAUGAAUUGUCUUGAUGUUUGAACAAAUUCUCUCAAUCAGUAAAAUAAGAAACAUACAGAGAACAGUGACAGGAAUAUACAUGUUGAUAUGGGAUCUUAAUUAAAGGGUUAACCUGUGUUCUGAUUGGUUGUUGUGAUUCAUUUGGUUUUGGUUUUGAGAUACUCAGUUGAAAAACUCUAGCAAAAGAUGAUUAAGCUAAGACAUCAAAUCUUCUAAGUUUUCAUUAUUCCACAGAACAUCUCAGGACAUCUCUCUCUUGCACAAUUGUAUGACUUAAAAAAAAAACUUUUUGUUCACUUUACAGACUCGCAGGGAUCAAGUCUUUCCUGUGACAACCAUCAAAACAGAACGAUGCGUGCAUCUUAUUAUUAUUGCCAUGGCAAAUGCUUUGAAUGAAGUGUGGAUUGCUAUUCCAAAACGAAUGGUAGAAUUGUAUCUUGCACAGUAUCUACCACUUGUUGGGAACUGGUAAGAUAAUUUAUAAGCUAUAGCAGUUGUAUUACAUCUGUUGUAUUGCCUCUCCUGUCUCCCAGUACACUAUGGUAUUGGUGUAAAAUGUAAUUAUACAUCCUCCAAUCAGGUGGAAUACUUGUACCAGAUGCGACUUGGUCGUUUUUCUGUGCUUUAUGCUACAAAGUGGGCUCUUUGGUUGCAUUUUUAUUUCAGUCCUUGAAAAUUCUGAAGUUUCCACUUUAACUUACCUUGUAUGUCCCCUUUUUUAGUGGAACUAUUUAUGGAAAUGUUUUUGACCUUUUUUUCACUACAUAAUUGGUGGGUUUUGAGAAUUAUCUCCUCGUGGGUGCAGCAGAACCACUGUUAACUCUACAUGAAAAUUUUAGUUGUAAAUUGUGUUUUUUUGCAUGGAAUGAUUCAUUGAAUUUAUUGACGUGUGGCCUUUUUUUCCUAAUUUAUAUCAAAUCACUUAUUUAUUCAUUGAUUGACUAUUUUAAUUGCCCUUUUUAUGUAGGUGGGUACAGUGGAAAAACCGGAAACGGACGUGAAACUUGACCGUUGGAUCCCUGAGUAACCACUCAGUCCAAAAUUCAAAUACUUUACCUAAAUUAAUUGUGUUUAGUUUUUGCUUUUAAAACUGUAAAUAUAAUUUAACUUUAUUGUGCUGGGAUUAAAAUUUAAGUUUCUUUUCGAUUGCCAAUUUUGAAGCCCCCUUAUGUAGUAAACCUAAAAAUGGAUAACUCGCUAAAAUGGGUUCUUUUCAACAUAGUAAAUGGUCAGAUAACAAGCGAUGCACUGUGGAAGUAAAGUGAGG